AUGCGCUUGAUUAAGCUACCAAUAGAAGAACAGUUUAGUACAGCCGAUUAUGAUGUUACCAAGCUCGGAGCAGAAGUUAUCGGCAACAAGGAUCUCAAGUUCAAGCUAGCGAACGACGGUAGAGUCUCAGCCACCCUCGUUUCCAGGCUUGGCGAGUCCGUCGACAGUUUUAUUGAAACGCGCCAAGUUGACGCAACACUACUGCAGCAUUUGGAGGAGCAGUUAAUUUUGCAAAAGGCAAGUGUCCAUGCUCUAGGGAUGUGA